AUGGGGAUCCACCUUAUCUCUGGCGCAAACUCGGCCCCUGCUGAGGACCGCGCAAUUCUGGACCUUGACGCUGACGCUGAGGCGACUGCUACCAUCAACAUUGGCGUGCCCGUGUACGCCGACGUAUUGGCCACAGCAGACGCCGACGUCACCGUAGACCCCAACUUUGACGAACCAAAGCUCAAGAUCUUUAUCGAUCCCAUCGACAAGAGCGUCCACGACUACCCCGACCGUCCUCCACCUGAGAACGGCGCCGACAAGCGAAGCCUGUCGAACCUGUUCCCCAGAGCCUUGACGGCUGACCAGAAGGAGGGCUUGCGCUUGCACACGGUGGCUCGUCAGAAGAAGAAAGUCAAGGCACUUGUCUGGGACACCAAGCUUGAGGCCGCCGCCAAGGCUUGGGCUCAGAAGAUUGCCAAGAGUGGAAAGCUUACGCACUCUGCUAGCAAGGACCGACCCAACCAAGGCGAGAAUCUGGCAUACGGGUGGUCGAGUGGAACAUACAAGAAUCCCAUAACUGCUGGAACCCAGGGCUGGCUCGCUGAGGUAAAGAACUACAAGAACGAGGUUAUUCCCAAGGGCAAGUUUUCCGAGUACGGCCACUACACUCAGUGCGUGUGGAAGAACAGCGUCAAAAUUGGCAUCGCGACCGUCAGCGACGGCAAGGGUGGCUGGUACACCGUCGCUCGAUAUUCCCCACCAGGAAACAUUGUCGGCCAAAAGCCGUACUAG